CAAUCAAUGUGUUUUUUUGCUGCCUUCUCACGGCCUCCAUUUGUCUCCUUUUUUCCAUUCUCCUUCCUUCCAUUUUUCUGAUCAACUCUUUUGACGUGUUCAUAGUUUGAUUCCAAUUCUUUUUUGUUUUUUGGAAUCGAGUGGAAUAAUUUUUGAGAUUCAGUAAGUUUAACUGUCUGAUAUCGAUGGAAAAGACGAAGAACUUGUUAAGUAUCAUUGUGACAAGAACUCGAGUUUCAUGUUUUUUGGCGGGAGGUUCUUGGUGAGUCUUUGCUUUUGCUUUUGUUUAAUCCGCUUGAUCGUGUAAAUUUGGCUGAAGAAACACAUGUAUAUGUGUGUUUGACGGCUAUAUUUGUUCAGAAAUUAAUGUUUACGUACCUAGGGUUCUAAUUGGAAGGACUGUGUGUGUGAAGAUUUCGGAAAAUAAUCGAUUGUUGUUAUUAGAAGAAAAUGAAUUCGAAUCAUUCAUCACUAGAAAUGCUGCAAGAACCGAGCAUCGACACCGAUAAACUCAGCUACGAGAUCUUUUCGAUUCUCGAGAGCAAGUUUUUAUUUGGUUACGACGAUCAGAAGCUUUGGCAACCUAAACAGGUUUCCCCGGAAGUUUCUGUUGCGGCGGCUGACUACGAAGGUGUUCAAUCGAUUAAGAACCAGAGAGGCAAAAUCUGUGUUCUCUCGAUUGACGGUGGAGGAAUGAGGAGUAUAUUAGCCGGUAAAGCCCUAGCAUAUCUGGAAAACGCUUUGAAGGAAAAGUCCGGCAAUCCUAACGCGAGAAUUGCUGAUUAUUUUGAUGUUGCCGCCGGCACGGGAGUAGGAGGCGUCUUUACGGCGAUGCUGUUUGGAAGUAAGAACCAGAGCCGUCCGAUUUUCAAGGCGGAGGACACGUGGAAAUUUUUAGCGGAACAAGGGAAACGACUUUAUGAUCAAAAAUCAAGUUCAAGCGGUGGUGGAGGCUUAUUCAAAAGGAUUUUUCGGGGGCGAAGCGGUGGCGGUGGCGGUGGCGGUGGCGGUGGCGGAGGGAUAUCUCACGCUACUACCGGAUUUGAAAAAGCAAUGAAAGAAGCAUUCAUGGUGAACGGACAGAGUUUGACUUUGAAAAACACAUUGAAGCCGAUUUUGAUCCCCUGCUACGACCUCUCCAGCUCGGCUCCGUUCCUGUUUUCCCGAGCUGACGCUUUGGAAACCGACAGCUUCGACUUCCAGCUGUGGGAGGUUUGCCGUGCGACGUCAGCCUCUCCGGACUUGUUCGACCCGGUAUCUAUGAAGUCAACCGACGGAAAGACACGUUGUGUAGCGGUUGACGGCGGACUAGCUAUGAGCAACCCCACCGCCGCUGCGAUCACGCACGUGCUACACAACAAACAGGAGUUCCCGUUCGUGCGAGGGGUGGAGGACCUUUUGGUACUUUCACUUGGGACCGGUCAGCUUCUUGAAGGAAACUACAAUUACGAACAAGUCAAAGGCUGGAAACCCCACAACUGGUGUCGUCCCAUGGCUCGAAUUUCCGGCGACAGCUCUGCCGAUAUGGUAGACCACGCCGUCGCCAUGGCGUUUGGCCACAGCCGUUGUAGUAACUACGUCCGUAUCCAGGCAAAUGGAUCAAACAUGGGUCGGUGUGGGAUGAAUGUGGACUCGGACCCUAGUCCAGAGAACGUAAAAAUGCUGACAGAAAUAGCCGAGGAGAUGCUGAGACAAAAGAACGUUGAAUCGGUGCUGUUUGAGGGAAAGAAGAUCGGUGACCGGAGCAAUCUGGAGAAACUUGAUUGGUUCGCCGGAGAACUUGUGUUAGAACAUCAGAGGAGGAGUUGCCGGAUCGCUCCCACUGUUGCUUUUAAGCAAACCUCCCAGAAACAACAACAGACAUAAUCAAACAGAACCGAGUUCCCUUCCCAUAAAGAUAAAGGCAGGAGGAAGGGAGGUUGGAAAUAAAGUAAAGUAAUGUGUAGUAUGUACAUGUGAGGAUGAGGAGCAGCUUUUACUUUGGGGGUAAAAAUGAGUUGAAAGGACACUCGACUAUCAAAACAAGAAGAAAAAGGUAAGGUUAGGGAUGGAUUUAGAUGAAAUUUGUCUGGCUUGUAAGGAAAGUGGUGUCCAUUCAAUCACACCACCCUGCCCCACCUUACACCGCCCUACUCUAUUUGUGAGGGGCAAAAAUGUAAAAAUAUGUGUACAAGUAUUAUAUAUGGGACAUGGUCAAAGGAAGGGUGAGAGUCUUAUAAUUGUAUGUUGUUGUUGGUGUUGUUGUUAAUAGAGAAUUAUUGUUAAGUUGGCCCA